AUGGACGGGGCGAACAGCCGCCUCGAGAAUGCCGACGCGGCGGGGGAUCUGCUGGCGACGGACUUGGCCCUCACGCUGACGCCGCCCGCCGGCGCUUCCAGAAGGGGAGACGCGGCCUCUUUGCGAGACGCCACUCCGCGAUUCGCCGACGAAGCGGUGCUUUCUCGAAGCGCGUCAAGCACGAGGCCAGCGGCGGCAGAGGCGAGCUCGCAGCUGGAAAGGUUCCCCACGUCGAACAGCCGAACGCGUAGUCCGCCCGCAGCGGGAGGUUCCCUCGCGGCCACCUUGGGAAUGUCGCUGGUUAGUACUACCACUGAUGCUAACCGCCCUGCCAAAGCUCCGUCCGAGGCUCUUCAACAGGUUCGGCAGCAGCAGCAGCAGCAGCAGCAACAGCACCCAGAGCAUCUACAGGAGUACCAGCUACAAGAGAUUCUGUUCCGCUCGCGGCCGUUCUCCCCGUCUCUUCUUGUGGCGGAGUCAGCAGGCCGAUUCUCGGCACGACAGCCAAACGAUGUGUUUCUCAAUCGUGGCGCGGCAAAUGCUCCUAAUAGCGCAGUUCCCCCACCGACUCGACCGCCGCAUUUUUUUGCCGCUCCAAGCGGAGCUCGGCGAGCUCCCUUUUCGACGUCGCCCGAUUCGCCGGGCGGCUCCAACAUUCCGCCAGCGCCGCCGCCUGCGGCGGCGCCGUUGACGUACGAUGCAGCAGCGGUGGUGGUGGAUUCCGUUGCACAGUUCCCUGGAGCUCCUCCCGCAACUACCGCACCGUUCUCCUCUCCCCCUCUUCCCCUGGCCAGAGCCUCCGCUCCCGCGGCUCCUUCCCCAACAUCAGCACCUACCGCUUCCGCUUCCGCUUCCUACCCCAACGCGAGCGCUGGGUCCGCAGCAGAGCUUGCGCUGGCGCGGCUUUUGGGCGCGCCAGGCGGGAAUGCAGGGGUUCAGGAGAAUCUCCCGCUGCUGGCGCGUCUCUGGGGCGCGGCAGGACCCGUCACAGCGCCGCUCGCGCAGAGUAAGAGUGAGAGGGGGACUGAAGGAGCAGAAGGGGGAGAGGAGGGGGAAGCGGUGUCAGCAGAAGCAGGGGAAGACGCGGAGGGAAGCGGGAACAAGAGGAAGAUGCGGCUAUCACAGGAGCAGCAGAGCACAAUGGAGGCAGUAUUCAGGAAAACCCCGAGGCUCACUCCCAGGGAAAAGAGCGCAUUGGCAGGGCAGUUGGGCGUGAGAGUGAGGCAGGUGGAGGUGUGGUUUCAGAACCGCAGGGCUCGUACCAAGGUGAAGGAUACAGAAGUGGAGCUGGACGGGUUGAGGCGGCGCUGCCAGACACUCGCUGAUGAGAAUCGCCGCCUCAGGGAGAGGCUCAGUGUGAGUGGUUGGGCCUUGACACUUUUCCGUCUUUCCUGUUGA